AUGGCUGUUUUGAACCCCUCAGAGAACCUCAAAUCGGCUGAAGAGCUUGAGGAAGAAGAGCGCGCUGCACAAUCCGCGAAGCUCCAAGAAUUGAUCCGACGAGGGACGCCACAAGAUCUUCAAGAAGCCAAUCAGCUUAUGAAGGUGAUGGCUGGAUAUGACCAGACGAACAAAACAGACUAUCGACAAAAGGCUGCUGAAGAUAUCGCUAAGCUGCAAGAGAAACAGCGAUUACUGGACGAAAUGCUUGCCAAGGUCAAUCAAGGCGAGAAGAUCGGAGAAGGAGACGCAUUUGAGGAGCUAGCAAACACCCUACGAAAUGCUCAACCUAAAUUACAUAAAAUGGCGGAAGAGGAAAGUGAUGAUGCAGAGGCCGUCGCUCAGUUGUUCACUCUCAAUGAUACUAUCAAUGCGACAAUUGAGAAAUAUAAACUUCUCAAGAAAGGCGACUAUGCCGGUGCUGCAGCUGUUAAACCUGGUGCUGUUCCUCCCGGUGCAACGUCCACAGAUUUAAUCGAUUUAAUGGGGGAUGAAAUUACUAGCAAUGGUAGCUCGAACGGCACUAGCAAUACAGGAAAGAAAGUAUCUAGCCUUGAGGAUGAUUUACUUGGGCUAUCUAUUGGUAGCGGCAGCGGUAGUGGUGGCGGAAUCGCCCUCGGGUUUGGUGCAAAUUCAAAUAUACCCGGACCUCCACUAUUAUCCUCAACUUUGAAUUCAAGUACGGCUCGAGGAGCCACGCCUGAUUUCUCACUGAGCAACUUCCCUUCCAAUCACAACAGGCAAGCGUCGUCGCCCCCCAACCCAAUGUCUGCCUUCGCCGGCCUUUCUGGGUUAUCUGGUUCAUCAAAACCUCCUCCUCCCCCUCCACAACAGCCCCAGUUUGUACAAAACGACGACGACGACUUUGCUGCGUUUUCAUCUGCAGUACCGCCUAGCUCCCAACUCCCGCCACUCAAGAGUACAGAGCGAGAAUUGGCCUCAUCGCCAUUGCGAAUAGUAGUGGAAACAUCUCCAAGAUACCCAGCCGACGGUCCUAUCAACCUCAAAGCCAAGUUCUCUAGUGCAACUAACGAAGGGUUAAAAGAUGUCACAUUCCAGCUCGCUGUAACGAGAUCGCUACAACUUAAGAUGGAGCACCAGAGUGGUACAACGCUUCAGCCGCAUGAAGUGGAUGGUAUCAAUCAGAUGAUUCGGAUCGCUGGAGUUGCACCGGGAGCAGGUAGUAAUGUAAAAAUGCGGUGGAAGGUUUCCUAUCGGGUUGGCGACAACUCACAGUUGAGAGAGGAAAUGGGUGAAGUUACUGGGCUCCCGGUUUCGUGA